GAUUGAAUGGACUGUCAGUGGACGUGCCAGUUUUGGGGUAAGGACAGCAUCACCUCCUGUCACAUAGAAACUGGUGCUGGACCACAAUGCAAAACGGCCUAGAAGAUUCAUUGGAUCGGGCUGAGUACAUUGUUGAAAGUGCUCGACAACGACCAGCUAGGAGAAGAGUCUCAUCCAGUGGGAGGAAGUCCUUAUAUCAGAAACUUUAUGAACUGUACACCGAAGAGUGUGAAAAAGAGCCAGAGUUAAAGAACCUUAGAAGAAAUGUGAAUCUACUUGAGAAGUUGGUCUCGCAGGAGGCUCUCUCAUGCCUGGUGGUCAAUUUAUACCCCGGAAAUGAAGGAUACUCACUUAUGCUCAGAGGCAAAAAUGGUUCCGAUUCAGAAACGAUUCGUCUUCCGUAUGAAGAAGGAGAGCUGCUGGAGUACUUGGAUGCAGAGGAGCUGCCACCUAUUUUGGUCGACCUUUUAGAGAAAUCGCAAGUCAAUAUUUUUCACUGUGGCUGCGUCAUCGCGGAGGUCCGAGAUUACAGACAGUCCGGGAACACCAAGGUUCCCACGUACCAGAGCCGCCACGUACUGCUGAAACCCACUAUGCAGACCCUAAUCUGUGAUGUCCAUGCCAUGACGAGCGAUCACAAGUGGACACAGGAAGAUAAGCUGCAACUGGAGAGCCAGCUGAUUCUGGCCACAUCAGAGCCUUUGUGUCUGGACCCCUCCAUCACCGUCACCUGUACAGCCAACCGGCUGCUCUACAACAAGCAAAAGAUGAACACGCACUCCAUGAAACGGUGUUUUAAGAGGUACUCACGAGCGGCACUAAACCGACAGCAGGAGCUGCUCAACCUCCCGACGCCGCCUCAGCUCCGUCUGCUGGACUACUUACACAAGAGGAAAGAAAGGAAACCGCCGCCCGUCGUGGACCUCAAAAUCUCCAAGGCAGGCAAUUGUGUUGACAUGUGGAAACAAAACAACUGUCAGCUUACAGUGCCGUCAGAGAUCGACGUGGAGAAGUUUGCUGUGGCGGAGAAAUCGAUCAAACUGGAAGAUUCCCAGCUUACACAAGUCUGGCCUGCACUGGACAUUAAAGAUGACUACGUUUUCGAGUGUGAAGUGGGCGGCCAGCCUCAGAAGACAAAAGUCACCGUCUUCCAGUCAGUGGGAAACCCGCAGUUGUACGGCAAAAUCUUCAGCAGCAAAGAUACGAAAUCGGAAGAGGACAGUCCUGACCUGCACCUCAUUCACCCACCAUUCCUCCUCGGUUCGAAAGUAGAUGCUGACCGAUUUUUGGCUCAGUACAAGGACGUUUACGAGACAGAUGUGAAGUGUGAAGUGAAGAUAUCGCACAGCUCCAGCAGCGUGGGAGCCCAGAGCCACCUCUCACCCGCCAGAGACGCUGAGCCGGAUGGUCUCUCACCGCUGCUCCAGUCUUCAUUACUGGGCAAGGGAGUUAAGCACAAACCUCCCCCCAUCAAACUGCCACCCGGUUCAUCCAACAGCUCCUCAGGAAAUUCCUACAGUACACAGGUACCCAGCGGCCUUCUGAAGUGUCCGACCCCUCCCCCCAGUAAGAGUCAGUCUCUGUCGCGCAAGCACUCCGUUGAGGUGGGCCAGGUUGGCCUGCUGUCGCCCUCCGCCCUCUCGCCCAUGCAGAGAUCCGGAACGCCGAAGCCGUCGACGCCCACGCCGACCAACACCCCGUGCUCCACGCCCCACCCAGCCGACGUACUGAACACCACACCGUUGGUCACGCCCACGCCCCAAGACCCGGCCAUGCCUCAGCAGCAGGCGCUGCUCGCCCCCUUCUCCCAGCAGCAGAUGGCGCUGCCUGUCAUGACCAUACCUCUGCCCACCUCCAUCAGCACAGGAACCACGUCCUCGCAGGUCAUGACCAAUACCGCCGGGCUGAAUUUCAUCAACGUGGUGGGCUCGGUCUGCAGUCCUCCGACGUUGAUGUCUGGUUCGAACCCCAUGCUGGGCUGCAGUCCUGGCAUAAACCUGAGUGGGAUUUUGCCUCCAGGAGGCCUCAUGUCUGGCACACUUCCUACCAUGCAGCCCACAGCCUCUGGAGGUGCACCUUUUGGCCUGAACAACACACAAGGGUUACGGCCGCUCAACCUCCUUCAGAUUCCUGCUGCACCACUGAUCUUUAACUCUUUGCAGCAGCAGCAGCUCUCGCAGUUCUCUCCGCAACAGCAGAACAGUCAGUCGGCCACGUCCAGCCCCCAACAGCAGGGAGAUCUGACUGAACAGGGACUGACUGCUGAACAGGGUCUCGCGGCACAACAGGCCGCCGUCAUUAACCUCGCCGGCAUGGGGGGAUUCAUGCCCUCUCAGACAGUUCUAUCCCAGCUGGGUUGUGGUCUGGAGGGCUCUGGGUCCAGCCUGCCAUCCCCGAGGCUCCAGCACCAGCCACAGAUCCAAUUGCAAUUCUUGCAACACCAAAUGCAGCAGCAAAUGGCUAUGGCGGCAGCGGCGGGGCCCCAGGCAGCGCUGCCACGGCAGCAUUCCGCCAACCAACCAAGAAGUAAAAGGAAGCGCAGCCUGCCGCAGCCCCUUCCCAAAUCGUGACCGCAGGCCAGGACACGACCGUCGUGAAAGACUCUGAUGAUCGAGCUGACUGUACACACACACACACACACACACACUGAGGACGUUAUAUAGCGAUCUGACGUCAGGUCCAUGUAUGAAAUCCAAAUGAGUAUUUUUAGAGCUUGGGACAGUUAUUUAAGAUCAUAUUUUUGAAAGAGAUAUGAAUUGAAACGAUUUAUUUGUACUUCUUUACGGCAUGCUCGUUUUGGUCUCCUUCCUUCUCCACGUCCCUGUGUCUGGGAGCUUCUGAGCCCUUUCAUACUGAGAGAAUCGAACAGAACGUGCCUGAAAACGCUGAGACUUCCUGCAGCCGGACGUCGGAACGAUCCACACGCUCGAGCACGUGCGGUUCAUGUACGGAACGUUUUAAAUAGCAUUUCGUCGUGGUUUAUUAUGUACAUUCGUAUGGGUGGAAGUUUCAGGAUAUUUCUGGACACUGAAGCAGAAAUUUUGUACAUUUUGUCUUUGCUGCAGUUUUAUUGUUAUAAAAAAAAGAAAAUAUAUAUUGACAGUGGAAGAAAAUACAACUUUUAGAUAAGA